AUAUCGCAAAAACGUGAUCUCUAUGCAUGUCAGAAUUUAUGUUGGUAUCGAAUGUGCAGCGACAAGUACUAACGGUUGUGGUUACAAGGAGAGUAGUAUGAUGCAUGAGAAUACACAUAACACGUUAUCGAGAAUAUUACCAAGCUGGUAGCACAUUCCUCGGUUUAGUCAUCUCUGAAUCGUGAAAUACAGAGUUUGACAAGCUGGAGUUUCUCAACUUUCUAUGCGGGCAAGCUAUACACUUUUUAAGAUGGCAACUCGAACGAAAACUGUUUGUGUGAUUGGUGGGUGAACUCUUUUCUUUUGGGACUGACAUAGCUAACCAAAAUUAUUAGGCAGUGGUCCCUCGGGACUCGUAGCAGCCAAAACACUUACUCACGAUUAUCCAAAAGGCACUUUUGACGUAACUGUCUUUGAGCAGUCGCAUAGAAUAGGUGGACUAUGGCCUAUCUCCCAUGAUGACGAUGGUUUAGUGAAUCCAGAUAUGUGUACGAACCAAAGCCGUCACACCGUCAGUUUCAGUGAUUUGGCAUGGCCUGCUUCAUCCCUCGCUUGCCCAAAAGCAUGGCAGGUUGGGAAAUAUCUCGAAGACUAUGUCAAAAUGUACCCUGGAUAUUCUGUUAAGACUGGUGUCAGAGUUUUCAAGGUCGAGCCACCGUCUGGUUGGCAAACCAAUCCAGCCACGACGGAGAAAUGGAAUGUGCAUGUUCAACAUUACGAAUCCGCCGAAUUUACUGGAUCACCACAAGUCUACGAAUUUGACCAUGUUAUAGUGGCCACUGGGUUUUUCGGAAAACCUAAAAUACCCGAGAUUCUCACAGGUCUUUCAGCCCCAGUCUGGCACAGCUCAAAGCUUCGUGAUGUCAACAGUUUGUUGACCGACAAUGGAAAACUCUCUUCAUCCAAAGGCAAGAAUAUUGUAGUUGUCGGGGGUCAAAUGUCAGGUAUCGAAACCGCAGCAGCAGUCGCUUUGCAGGUAUCCUCCUCCGUGAAUUCAUCGGAACGUCCGAUUCCAAACGCGAACGAGUACAAGAUAUACAAUGUGGUUCAACAACCAUUUUGGGUGAUGACUCUCACAUUACCAACUAAUCCUAUAAUUGAUAGUGCAUCUCCCGAGGAGGAAAAGGUACAUGAUACAUAUUUACGGACUAGAAUUUUGUGCUAAGACCUCUGAUAGAUACCAAAUCCAGCACCAACAUUCUUACCCCUCGAUCUGAUCACUUACAAUAUUGAGCGGAAGCCUCCCGGACCUCUCAAAAACUCGUCCGGUCACAUAUCGCCAGAAGUAGCCAAAAUGACGAACGAUUUUAUGGCCAACUAUCUUGGAACUGAUCAAAGUGGAAUCGGUACAGAUCAUCUAGCCAUAACAGGACACGUUCGCUCUGAACCACCACGACUUACAGCUAGCGAAAACUAUGUCGAGUUUGUCCGAUCUGGAGACAUCAAGACGAUCCGAGGAAAAUUAACGAGUGCAGACCCCAACCAACCAAAUGCCAUCAUUAUUGAGGAUGAUGGAGCACAACAAAUCAUCGACGAUGUUGCCGCAGUAAUCUUGGCAACUGGUUUUGACACAUCACGAUCUCUCAAUUUUCUACCGAAAGAAAUUCUCCAGCAUCUCUCAUUCGACGAAUCAAGCAGUGAAUUUCCAUUAGCUCUAAAUGUACAUUCUACAAUCAGCGCAAAGAUCCCGUCUCUCGGCUUCGUCGGUUUCUACCGAAGUCCCUACUGGGGCGUAAUGGAAAUGCAAGCUCGAUUCCUGGGGAAACUCUGGUCCGGUGGCGCACAAGCGCAAAAAACCCUAGAAACAGACGAUACUAUCAACAAACUUCUUGAACUGCGCACCGAUCCACGCAUCGCCCAGUUUCCAAUGGGUGACUAUGCGUACUUGAUGGAAUCAUUCGCUACAGCUGUAGGAAUUCAACGACAAGAACCUACUAACGAUCCAGAAGCACGUACAGGGAUUGUUCUUCCAUCCCGCUAUCUCUAUACCCACGCAAGCGAUGCUCAAAAAGAACAGGCCGCGCUAGCCCUCUCCAUCGUCAACUCCACAUUCGAUUCAUCAUCUUGCGGCGCCUUCGUCUCCAAAGCCAUAUUUCGUUCCCUCCAAGGGACAUGGAAGCUUUUGCGGUCUCUCAAAAGUUCUCUCUCCACAUUUCCCUCAGGCACUUUCACUGGAACCGCAAAAUUUCUCCCUCGUUUCCCUACUGCCCCCUCCUUCGAUUCCGAAUACUUGUACAUCGAAGAAGGAGAUUUUGUGACGGAUACCGGGAUGACGUUUAGAGCUAGUAGGAGAUAUGUGUAUCGAUAUAGGGAGGAUACUGAUACGCUUACCUUGUGGUUUGUGAAAACUGACGAUAAUCUGGGAGUAGAUUAUUUGUUUCAUGAGAUGGAGAUUUUGGUUCCUGAGGCUGGAAAGGAGGUGGAAGGGCAGGGAAAGAAGAGUAUGGGAUGGAGGGCUAAGUCGAGUCAUCUAUGUAUUGCUGAUACAUAUGAUGUGGAAUAUGAGUUUAGAUUCAAGGGGGUGAAUGUGGAAGAGUGGAAACAGGAAUAUAGCGUGAAGGGACCGAAUAAGGAUUAUAGAAUUAGGAAUGACUAUAGGCGGUAGAAAUAGAUGAUUCUAGAAGUCCGAUAAGUCGUUGGAAAAAUCAAGAGCCUAUAGAAUUACAUUUGCGGGGUAUCUGGGUGUAUGCUUGCAACAUACGUAU